AUGUCCCUGGCUUUUCUUCACAUGAUGACGAUCCGUUCCCUCGAUGCCCAUCCUACUCCCCUGAAAUUCGAGCUAACUCGUCCUCCUGCGAGCACUACGUAUGAACUCCAUCCAUCCACCUGUACUAAUCGUAGGCGCUGGGCCAACAAGUCUGGUAGCAGCAUCCUAGUUUGCAUCAUCGAUGAAGGUCCUAAUCCUCGUAUCGGACAGCGUGGUCCCGGAAUUUGGCUUGAGCUCAUAUUUUUGGGUGAGACUGGAGACGAUAUCCGGGGUUUUGCCGGUGAUAUUCAUCCAAAGGUAUUGGUAUUGAUAGAGCGUGGCACCGAAUUGUAA